AUGGGUCGAUUACAAGUCUUCUACUUAUUAAUAUUCACUUUGGUCCUCUUUGGAAAUAUCGAAGCUCAAGCAACUACGGCCGAUGACUUGACAAAGUUGCCUCAGUUCCCCCACAAGCCUCGGACGUUCAUUCUGACGGAUAUUCUUAAUGAGCCUGAUGACCAGAUGUCUAUGGUUCGCUAUUUGACUUACUCAAACGAGUUCGAUACCAAGGGUCUGGUUGCCACAACUUCCGUUAGCUUGCCGAACGAAACGCACCCAGAGGCUAUCGGACUUAUUAUCAAAGCAUAUGGCGAAGUGGUGUCCAAUCUAAAUCAGCAUGUGCACCCCAACGCAAGCUUCAAUCCCGCCGAGGACCUUUUGAAACUUGUGAGAUCAGGCCCAGUGGUUUACGGCCGGCAGGCUCUGGAUGAACCGUUAAGCGAUGGCGCCAGACUCCUUGUCGAAGCGCUUGAAGCGUACGUUGAUCCGUUGUUGGUCUCCAUUUGGGGCGGAGCAAACACCCUAGCGCAGGCCUUACAGUUCAUCAGCGCAGAACGAACUUCCAGUGAGGCAGCCGAGCUUCGGUCUAGGCUUCGGGUCUACUCGAUCUCGGACCAGGACGAUUGCGGCCCAUGGAUUCGGGCCAACUGGCCAGAUAUCACGUACAUCGUCAACGUGCACGGCUUUCGCGAAUUCCAAGCUUCUACAUGGAGCGGCAUAAACGGCGCAGAUAACGGUGCUUCUAAUGUGACGAAAACACAAGACGAUUGGUUGACUCCCAACAUCUGCAUCGGCCCUCUGGGACAGGUGUAUCCCAAGAUUAUCUACGGCAUGGAGGGCGACUCGCCGAGCUUCAUGUGGCUGAUUCAAAACGGCCUCAAUAGUGCGGGGCGCCCAGACUGGGGUGGCUGGGGUGGUCGGUACAGUCGUGUAACCGAGGCCACGGACAUCAAUGAAUAUGGUACAUCCAUGGAUACAGCAGUCUCUGUGUCCGGCCUGAAUCAUCAAAGUUCAGGCGCCACUGUUUGGCGGUGGCGAGACGCUUACCAAGACGACUUUGCUGCGCGAAUGCAGUGGACAGUCACGGAUCGAUUUGAAGACGCUACUCACCCGCCCAAUAUCAACGUGAACGGCUCCGUCAGUCUUGAUGCCAUGGAGGUUCUUCUCCCGUCCAAAGACACAAUCAUUCUGGAUGCCAGCGCGACCUACGACCCUGAUCACCCCGAAGACUCGACUCAUCUCGAGUUCGAGUGGUAUGCAUACACGGAAGCCUCCGUUGCUUGGGCUAGUGGAUAUCUCGAGGGGCUCAUCGAAAUUCACCCUCUAUCGCCGCCGUAUGGUACAACCGGUUAUCUCGAGGUCAACGAUGCGGGGUUCAGGAACGUCACGACUGGUUCAAGGGUCCAGAUCACAAACAAUGUGCCAAGUAUCUCACGGCUUGAAGGAGCAUUAUGGCAUGUUAUUCUCCAGGUGAACAACAAGAAGGGUCAACACCCGGUUCGCAGGUAUAAGCGAAUCCUGAUUCGAGACUCGGAUAGCAAGAAUUGA